AUGUCUUCAAGCACCGGCCCCACAAUCCCCCUCUGGAUCGACAACAAACCCAUCCACACCCAAACCACCAUCCCCGUGACACAUGCCGGAGCAAGCGACCGCACCCUCCACCAUGCAUCCUCCGCAAGCCCUACCGAAGCAACCCAUGCAGCAACCUCAUCUCUCUCUGCCUUCAAAUCCUGGCGUUCCACAUCCCACACCACCCGGCGGUCCCUCCUCCAUCGCGUCGCCACCCACUUUAGCACCCACACCGAUUCGCUCAUCGCCGCGCAAAUCGCUGAAACCUCCUGCACAGAAGCCUGGGCACGUCAAAAUGUCAAUCUAUCAAUUUCCUACCUCAACGAAAUCGCCGCGCAAAUAAGUUCGGUAACCGGCGUCAUCCCGCCAACCGAGAAACCCAACACCCAAGGUUUCGUAUUCAAAGAACCAGUUGGACCGGUAUUAUGUAUCGCACCAUGGAAUGCAGCGCUCGUCCUAGCGACGAGGGGAAUAGCAAGUGCAAUCGCGGUGGGUUGUACCGUAGUCUUCAAAGCAAGUGAACUAUGUCCGAAGACCCACGGACUUAUCACGCAAGCUUUUUUCCAAAGCGAAUGUCCAGAUGGCGUGUUGAAUCAGAUUCAGUGCGGGCGGGAAGAUGCAGCGAAGGUCACCGAGACUCUGAUAGCACAUGAAGCGAUUCGCAAGAUUGAAUUCAUCGGUAGUGCCGAGGUGGGAAAGAAGAUUAUGGGGAUUGCGGCCAAGUACCUCAAACCCGUGUUGAUGGAACUAGGCGGAAAGUGUCCGGCGAUUGUGCUUGAGGAUGCGGAGUUGGAGGAGGCGGCGAAGCAGUGUGCUAUGGGUGCUGUACUACAUCAUGGGCAGAUUUGCUUCAGCACAGAGAGGAUUAUUGUGAUGGAGAGUGUGGCGGAGAAGUUUAAGACAUUGCUUGUGGAGGCUAUGAAGGGAGUGGAGGGGCCAGCUGGAUCGGCGGUGUCGGAGAGUAUUGCGAAACAUGCUGAGGAUGUUAUUCGAGAUGCGCAGGAGAAGGGCAAUGAGGUUCUUGUUGGUGGCGUUGACACGACUACGUCGAGCGGUGGGGUUGUGCUUAAACCCACAGUCAUCCUCAACCCCUCGCCAUCAUCGCGUAUCCUCGACGAAGAGACCUUCGGGCCUUCCGCGUCGCUGUACAUCGUCUCGUCUGACGAAGAAGCUAUUGCGCUGGCAAACCGCUCCGCAUAUGGUCUCAACGCCACUGUCUGGAUACGCGAUAUGGCACGCUUCAUGAAGAUAUCACGAGAAUUAGAAUACGGCCAGGUUCACGCUAACAGUAUCUCGGUAUACACUUCACCAACUGGAAGCCAAGGUGGCGUCAAGGGAAGCGGUUUUGGGCGACAGAAUGGGCAGUGGGGGCUAGAUGAAUUCGUUGUCGAGAAGUUUGUCACUUGGUGUGGGUGA